AUGGUCCAAAUCUUGGCUUCCUGUGUCUCGCUCGUUCUGAGUCUCUGUUUCUCGACCACUCUGAUAUCCCAGGCAUGUGCCCAGCAGAUCGUCGUCCUCUCCAGCAACGAUUCAGAUAUCAUCUAUAACCCGCCUCUGUGUUCUUCUUCCGAUGUCGUUUCUGGCUGUACCAGCCCAUGGCAACUCCUCAACGACUCCUCGGCCUCUACGACAGUGAUUUCAACCAAUGGACCGAUACCACAAGCCGGGAAUGUGAUACCCCAGAUGUUUUUGACUCUGUAUCUUUAUCCGUCCCCCCUGUCCAAUGCGACUGUAAACUUUACCCUCACUGCUGAACCAAGCGAUACCUCAAUCACGAGCAUGGUAAACACGUCCAUAAACAUCAUCACGGCUGUUGGCCUUCCGCUAACACAAGCGACAACCUUGGGUAUCACCUUUAUUCCUGGUGACUUACCCACGCGGUUUGACUGUCGAAUCCAUCACAUUGGUUGCACGUCGUCUUCUGUUGCAACAGCUUCAUAUUUGCCCUCGCCGCUACUACCGUCAUCUAGCUCCCCUCCUUUAUUCACUUCGUCAUCGACCCCCACAAGCGCUCAAACGUCGAGUGGGGUGAGCGAAGUCACCAUCCUUGGUGCAACACUGGGUUCCGUACUUGGCGGUUUUGUGAUUUUGGUUAUCGUACUCUCUGUUGCACUCUAUCGAAGACGUGUGAAGUGUCGGACAGCGUGGUAG